AUGGCGACGGAGCUAAACCCCCAGGCAAACUCAAGUGGUAUCCCACUGGAAAAGGAUUUUUCGCAGAAUGGCAAUCACUACGGAGACGGUAGCAAUUCACAUCAUAUGAACGAUAUAUCAAUGGCUUCCGACGAUGCAUUAAAAAGGAUCAGGACAGCUGGUAGUAUCAGUAUCAGUCCGGAGCUCUUUGAGAAAAUCUAUCUUUCUCCCCAAAACGCCGUGAAAGGUGAUUUAAGAAAAACCUUCGGAAAUCCUACUCCAGUCGCAAUCGUCGGUUUCCUCAUCUCUUUAUCGCCGUUAUCGUGUGAUCUCAUGGGAUGGCGUGGAGCAGGUGGUAAUGGUGCGGCUGGAAUCGGCUCUUAUUUCUUCUUCGGUGGACUCCUCAUGAUGGUCGGUGGCUUCCUUGAGUUUAUUCUCGGCAACACAUUUCCCUUUGUGGUCUUCGUCUCCUUCGGUGCCUUCUGGCUUACAUUUGCCUCGACCCUCCAACCUUUCUACUACGCCUACGGUCUCUACGCUCCUCCCGGCGGUACUCCAGCCGAUGGUCUCACAACCGUUGGCUUCAACGCCUCCUUUGGAUUCUUCCUUGUUUUCAUGGGUGUCCUCUGUCUCAUCUUUCUCGUCUGUUCCCUACGCACAAACGUCGUCUUCGUCGUAAUCUUCUUCACACUGCUCCUCGCCUUUGCACUUCUCUCCGCAGUCUAUUGGCACACGGCAAAUAGCAUCGGCAAUGCCGAUCCAGCCGAAUUGGCGCUAGCGGGUAGACUUACGGUUGCGGCUGGUGCAUGUAUUUUCGUAACAUCAAUGGCGGGCUGGUGGAUCUUCUUUGCUAUUAUGCUGGCAGCGCUCGAUUUCCCAUUUCAAAUACCGGUGGGCGAUUUGAGUACCUUGAUUAAGGGCGCGAGUGAGAGACAAAAGUUGAAAGAACAAAUGGUGUAA